ACUCCGGCUCGGCUCGCAGGGCGCUGGGCACUAGCUAUAAGCACAGGUUGUGCCACCUGGUCUUAACCUCCUGCAGCUCGUGCGAACUCUACGGAUUCAACUCUCACCCUGGAAACCAAUGAGUCUCCCUGACGAUUCGCGGCGAAGGAGCCCCGUGUGCCAGGAACCUUCACUCGACUGGCCCCCGACACCUGACACCCUGAGGCCUUCGCCCUUCCCGCACCCUGUGCUACAAGCCCUCUACAGCUUAUCCCUUAUGCUGCUCUUCCCGGCGUACUGGUCUCUGGACCAGUUGCUGGGCUGCUGGGCACCAACUACGCAGCCUAGCCCCUUGGGCCGGCUCAAAAUCCUAGCAGGAUGCGGGGCGGCGUUGCUGUUCCUGCUGGUAGUUGGCCUACCCGUGUCGCUGUUCGGCCUUGUGCUGUGGUUGCCUCUACAGGUCUGGCGACGCCCCUUCUGCUAUCAGCCGGCUUCGGCGUGUUGGGUGUGGCCACAGCCCUGGCAACCCCCUGCUGAGCGCGUCCGCGGCUUUGUCUUUCUCACUGCUAAUCUGUGCCUGCUUCCUGAUGGGCUAGCACGCUUCAGCAACCUGUCUCACAGCCAGCAGCGCGCAGAGGCCGUUGGCGCCGCACUGCUGGGCAGCCUUCGAAAGUCACAGUAUGGGGCUACGGGGUGCAGCCAGACGCAGCUUGGGGUGCCUGGCGGUGUGCUGAAGGCCACGAUACCUAUGGAUUUGGACUUCGUAUGCCUUCAGGAAGUGUUUGACCUCCGCGCAGCGCGUCGUCUCGUGCACACCCUGGUGCCAAAUCUGGGCCCGGUGCUAUACGAUGUGGGCACAUUUGGCUUGGUGUCUGGGCCGUACAUCAAGCUACUGGGCAGUGGGCUGCUUCUGGCCUCGCGCUACCCGCUGCUGCGCGCUACCUUCCGUUGCUUUCCGAACGCUCGUCAAGAGGACGCCAUGGCCUCCAAAGGUCUAUUAUCCGCCCAGGCGCAGCUAGGCAUCCUGGAUGGGCACCGCAUCGUGGGAUAUGUUCAUUGCACACAUUUGCAGGCACCCGUUGAGGACGGGCAUGUUCGAUGCAAACAGCUUACGCUGCUGCUGGACUGGGUGGAGGAGUUUGAGGCUGAGAGCAGACAGAGCGGUGAGGCUGUAGCAUUCAGUGUCCUCCUGGGAGAUCUAAACUUUGACAACUGCUCACAAGAUCACAGAAAGGAGCAGGGCCAUAAACUCUUCAGAAGUUUUCAGGACCCCUGCCGGCUAGGCACCCGCCAGGAGCAACCCUGGGCCUUGGGAACGAUCUUGAACAGUUCCAAGUUACACAACUCCGUUGGCAGCUCCCCAGAGAUGCUUCGGGAGGCCCUGGAGCAGGAAGAAGGGCGCUGCAUCUACCUGGCAGGACCCCUCAGCGGAAGUCACCCAGAUAAAUCCUGGAAGGGCCGGCGACUAGAUUAUAUCACCUACCGCGGAAUACCUGGGAGUGGCUUGAGUCCAGAGGUGGAGCAGGUGACGUUCAGUACGGCUCUGGCGGGGCUCACUGACCACUUAGCUGUGGGCCUGAAGCUUCAAGUUGUAUGCUCCUGACGCCGGCGCACAGACAGGGGAUGACUAGCAGG